AUGGAUCAACUGCAGAGAAUAUAUCGGAGAGUGAAGCAAAACAUUGAAAAUAAAAACGAUUGUGAUCGUGAUAUUUUCAUUGUUUUGAAUCCCGGAGCUGCUGAUUCGGAUUCUUCACAGUGUGGGCACCACCUCAUCACUAUUCUCGCCAAAGUGCAAAAAUCAGCGAAUUUGAAGAAAAGAGACGACUUUCCGAAUCUUGUGCUUCUCCAAUAUCUGAAUGAUAUUCCAAUUAAGGCUACAAACAUUGUUUACUGGAAUUCCAAAGUUUUCAAUGAAAAAUUGACGGAUAAAAUGGAGAGUAUCCAUAAAUUAUUCGAUGAUCCGUCCGUGCUCAACCCAUUCGAAUUUGUUGAUGGAGCGCUCUCGAAUCGUUACGGACCAGAACAACAGUGGUUCGUUUUGGAUUCAAUAUUGAAGAAUCAUGACGAAAAUCACGAAUCACGCGAACAUUCUGUGCAACAAGUCGUUCAAAUGGGAUCAAAAGUGUUCUCGCAAUUCCAGAAUUUCAUAAUCGUCGUGUUACUAUCAAAAUACUGUGAUGGAUGCCUUCUAUCUAUUCUGAAUCAUAUGACUAGUCUAACUCUCGUCAAAAAGUUCGUUUGGAAUUUGGGACGUGGAGUUUGGAGUCCGAAGACACGAAAGAAGAUGGAUUUGUGUUUUUCGUGGGUUGGCGACGAUGAAAAAAUGUACAAACCAAGCUGUUGGAGAUACUCGAAUGCAGAAGAGAGCUCCGGUUCAACACCGCCAUCUGCUAGCAAAGUUGCAACUUCUUCGUCAAAAACGACCCCAGUUCUUCCCGAAAGCGAUUCACAUAUUUCUAAGAGUAACCGGAACGAUGUUCUGCCGAAAUCCAAUGAUUAUUUUGGAGCGCUUUCUUCUUCAACGUCAUCUCACGAAGAUUCAAACGAGGUUUAUCGGGAAAACAAAGUGCAGAAGAAGAAUGCACAAAGAACUCGAAGGUUGGAUCCAUAUUCGGAUGAAUCGGAUAGCAGUAUGAGCUACCGGCAGCCAGAGAAAACAAAGAAAACGAAUCGAUAUCCACGUGAAAAUCCUUUGAAGCGAAGAAGUAUCGCAUGCUCGUCGAGUGAUGAAUCUGACGUGAGGCCGAUUUCGAUUGGAGAAAAACGCAAAUUUGUGCCGAAACAUGUUCAGCAAGUUGUGCGAAAACCUUCCAACAAAGAGAUGCACGAUGCCUUCAUUCAGAUCAGUCAAUGCUUCAACGAUGCACAAACCGUCAAUUUACCAUUAACACGAGAACCAAGUGACGUCUUUUGUGCAUUCUGUUUCAGCUUCAAUUCGAACUCGAAUCAUUUUUGCUCGGCACUCAGCGAUGCUGAAAAAAUGGCAAAUAAGAAAGUGAAUGAGAUCAUGAGAAAUGUGAAGAAGCUGGAUCGAAGCAAGUUUGAAGAGAUCAGAAUGUUUCUGCUGGACGAGACAAAUAUUUGGAAGAAAGUUUCGUUGUCGGGAAGAAUGGCGAAAAGGACAGGAAAGCCAGAGAAAUACUAUAACAGCAGCGAUGAGAAGAGUGAAAAAAUCGACAAAAAAGCUGUUCAUAGAUCGAAACGGAAGAGAACCAAUUCGAGGCGUCCGAAAAGACAACAGUCCGACAGUGAGGAUUCAGAUAUGUCUUCACCAAUCAAGAAGAAUUUCGCGUCAUCCAAGUCCUCCCUCGCUUUUCGAUCUACUUCUGAAUCCAAUAAAACUCGUUACUCAAAUACUGGGCGACCACUUCGAAAGGUUCGAGAAGCUCCUGGUCCGCCAACAAAUGAAGUCUCUCAAAAAGAUCGUAAAAAGGAGGAAAUCUGUCCUGAUGGUGACUGCUUCGAGACUGUCGACUUCCAGAAAAAGUAUUUUAUCAAAAGAGCGGUUGAAUGUGGAUUUCGAUACCCUAAUGAUGAUUACGUCCCGCCCCCAGCAGACCGAUCUACAUGGUCCCGCGAAGAUUAUAGAACAGAACAGUUCGGACCUGUAUAUGCAUCUGCUCGUGAUUUCCGACCGGAUUAUUUGAAUAAACGAGGAGAUCGGCUAGUAAAGAUUCAACAAUUCGAUUGGGAGAGUGAUUCUGGAAACUGUGCAGAGAAGAGCGUUCCAGAAAAAAGAAGUUCUCAAAUGAUGAAGCGAAAAGAAUCCACUCCAACGACCUCUUCAAAAAAUCACUUACAAGAAGCUGUCACCGAGACUCAUAACUUCCUUCCACCACUGAAACGAUCGGAUGUUGAAUUUAUUGAUUGCGAGAAUUCGAUAGAUGGUGAAGAAUAUCAAGAAGAAGGACCGUCCACGACGUCUCAUGAAAAUCCAACGUACUACCCAGAAUUUCUAGUGAACAUUCCAGUCGCUACCAUUCCGCCGAAUUACAUCACACUUUCGGACGACGAUGAGGACGAAAUGAAUAACAAUGUGACGUCUUCUGUCAAAUCGACUAAGUUGAAUGAUUCCCGGAAAGCCCAAGAUCUUGACAUCAUCACUCUCGGCGACAGCAGUGAUGAUGAGGCGCCGAGAAGAUUCCAUGGAAUGGAUAGCUCGCAGCUCGGUUAG